UUUUCCAGCCUGUAUCACUCUAUGUCCGCAAUCCACCCAGCUCGUUACCUUGCUGCUUGCAGUCUCCCGAGUACAUCCCGGUUAAGGCCUCCUCACUGCUUGUGCUACGCGAUGCGGGCAUUGUCAGCACUGUCUUCUGAAAAGUACCGUCCUUUACACGACAUAUUUACAGACGACCGAGAAAAUAUGCAGACUUGGACGAAAUGAAAAGUCGGGGAGAAGUAUCCAUGCCCGUUGCACAUGUGCAAACCUGGGUACUUAUAGGUAUCUAUUAGCAAACUGAUUUGCAAUUUGCUCGCGGUUGUGUCAAAGCGCGAAGCCAGCGUCAUUAGCAUUUGCGAUUGGCCUCCAUAGACUGGACGGCGUGGGGCUCGCAGUGAGCAAUUACGCUUCACCUGCGACUGAUCGGAUAGAAUUGGAGCAGCGAAGGCGUACUUUUUGGCAAACUUUUAUCCAAGAUAUAUUCCUCAGCACCGGAUCGGGCUUGCCAGUUGCAGUUGAUGAGCGAGAUGUGAAGGCAAUGACCCCAGCUGGUACUGCUCACAUCUUUCUCGAUGAGCAUACUUGCACUAACUAUAUUCCAGGAGCUAGAUCUGCCUCUACAUCCUGUGCAACAGCGGUGGUCGCUUGCUUGAGCGGCCGCAUUGAUACCGUAUUGCAUCGACCAGAAGCCGACGAUUCCAGUGCAGAUGAUCUGGAUAAUCAGUUCUGGACCAACUACCGCAAAAUCGAUAAAAUAUUGACGAAUGCAGUAUUGCGGUUCCCCCACUUUGCUCCCUCUUCAAAAGAUGCUACAACACCCCACGUUACUUUCUUGAACCUGUUCAUUCAGCCAUGUACAGUAUCCCUUCAUCAGGCUGCAAUAUUCACUGCAGGGAAGAACCCACGGCUGGUGCACAUGAGAACAGAGGCAAAGUUCAAGUGCUUCAGAGCAGCU